ACACCUGGCUAAUUUUUUAUUUUCUUUUUUUUUAGUAGAGACAGGGUUUCACCAUGUUGGUCAGGCUGGUCUUGAACUCCCGACCUUAGGUAAUCCGCUCACGUUGGCAUCCCAAAGUGCUGGGAUUACAGGUGUGAGCCACCACGCCCAGCCUGAUUACCCAUUUUUUUUUUGAGAUGGAGUUUUCACUCUUGUUGCCCAGGCUGGAGUCUAAUGGCACGAUCUCAACUCACUGCAACCGCCAUCUCCUGGGUUCAAGUGAUUCUCCUGCCUUAGCCUCCCAAGUAGCUGGGAUUACAGGUGCCUGCCACCAUGUUCAGCUAAUUUUUGUAUUUUUAGUAGAGACAGGGUGUCACCAUAUUGGCCAGGCUGAUCUUGAACUCCUGGCCUCGUGAUCUGCCAGCCUUGGCCUCCCAAAGUGCUGGGAUUACAGGCAUGAGCCACCACGCCCAGCCUUAACUCUUUUCUUACUAACAAAAUGUGUAUAUUGAUGGGGUAGCAAUGAGUUCCCUCAAUAAUACAAUAUAACUUAUAAACCUACAUUUCCCAGCGUCCUUUAAAGAUAUGGCUAUGUGGCUAAAGUCUAGGGAAGGACUUCUAGAAAGACUCCUCUUCAAAAAGGGAUAGACAAUGGUUUGCCAAUGUCCUCCACUAGAGGACAGUGGAGCAGAAAGAUGGAGGCCUGAUGAACUUGAAGUCACCAUUUUAGCCCUGGUUACCUAUCUCUGAAAUUAUUUCAUCCGACAGAGCAAUACACUUGUUUUGUCCCAGCUACAAUUGUUUUAGCUAUGUCACAGAUCUAAAACCCACUUGAUUUACUCCUGCUAUCAAAAUAUUAUAUUGACACAGAAAAGACAACAAAUCAGUGGAAUAAAACAGAAAAUCCAGAAACAAAUUCAACUGUUUCUGGGGACCUGAGAUAUGAAAGAUUACGGUUCGAGUCAGUUGGAGAAGAAUGUUUUAUUUCCUAAAUAUAACUGCUGACAUGCUGGCUGUUUGUCAGGAAUAAAACACAGCUAAAUCCUUCCUCACAUCACAAAUAAGGUUAGUUCUAGGUGGAUUAGGGAUCUAAAGGCAAAAUGUCAAGUAAUUAAAUAAACAAAAAUUGGAAGAAUAUUUGCAUUAGCUUAUCAAGCAAAGCAAGAAACCUAAAACCCAUUAAGAGAAAGAAUUGUACAAUGUUGUGUGGUAGAUAAAAACCAUAAAGUUAAAAGAGGCUGGGAAAAAUACGUAUGUAACACAUUUGCUACCCAGCAGUUAUUGUCGAUGGUGGGAAACUGCAAACAUUUUCUGUAAAAAAUCAGAUAGUAAAUAUUUGAGGCGUAAGUGUGUGAACCCUGAAAGAGCCAAUCUUUCAUGAUGGAUCCUCUGUGCAAAUACGAAUCCCUUGAGGUGGGUUCCUAAAAUUGGUUUUUGUUUUUUGAGACAGGAUAUUGCUCUGCCGCCCAGGCUGGAGUGCAGAGAGGUGAUUUUGACUUACUGAAGCCUCGACCUCCCGAACUCAAGCGAUCCUCCUGCCUCAGCCCCGGACUAGCUGGGUCACAGGCAUCUGCCACCGCAGCAGGCUAAUUUUUUGUAGAGAAGGGGUUUCACCAUGUUGCCCAGGCUGAUUUUGAACUCCUAGGCUCAAGUGAUCCGCCCGCCUCGGCCUCCCAAAGUGCUGAGAUUACAGGCGUGAGCCAACGCGCCCGGUCUGGGAUGGGUAUUUUUAAGGCUCCUGAUACAUAUUGCUAAACUGUUUUCUAGAAACGCUCUACCAGUCUACCAUCCCACCAGCAGAGUAUGACGCCUACGGUUGAGAGUUUUGGCUCAAAGAAUUAUGAUCUAUUUCACCCUCUUCUCAUCUUAAACCCUCUUUUAGUGACCUACAUUUACUCCCAAGCCCCCCUGGGGAAUUCCCAGUCACCCACUGGGAAUCUCUACCUGGAAAUCCCAGAGGCACUCAAACAUAACCUGUCCAAAACUAAAUUGUUUCUGUCACCUUCCCACCUCAUAUCCCCGCCCCCCCCAAAUGCUCCAGAUUCAGAAAAAAUACCCAGCACUGUGGCUGGCACCACGGUGAUAAUCACGAUAAUAACCAUGGCAACCAGAUUCCCUACUGAAGCCAUUCUUUUCAGUAGGAUGAACCACGGGAUGACAAGGGGAACGGAGAAGGAGGUACAGUAAGUUUGAGACAGUCGACGGCAGGCGCACUACAGCGCCAGCGCACAACCGAACAAAGAAAAAGAGUGACGAACCUAAGCCACUGAGCCUCACCGAGUAGCCAAUGCCCAGAAAACAGGUAUCUGCCAUUAGCACACAGACUCAAUUUCCUUACAUGUAACCCCGGGGCUUCGCCGGUCACACCCCUCCUCCUCACCCAGCGAGAGACAACUGCGCAGCUGCCGGCGGGCUGGCCGCUAGGCGCGUGCGUAAGGUCGUCCACACGCCGGCUAGUGCGCACGCGCCCUGGGUCGCGCGUGCGUGCAUGGGGUCCGGGGAUGAGCCCCAGAAAGCAAGGGAAAGGGGUGGGGCUGGAGCAGGGUCUCGCGCAUGCGUGCGCUCCACGAACCAUUUGGCGGGUUUUUCCUGGCCACUCUUGUUCUGUUACCGUCACUGAGAAGCUCGGGGGUAGCUUUUAGGAAGCGGGACGUUCUCCCCAGGAAAGCGUCCUCUUGAGAUUUCUACUCCCUCCAUUCAGGGCGUUUGGGGGCCACCCCUUCAUUAUUUAAAAAAAAGUAUUUCUCUGCGACUAAAGGCUGGGGCCUUCUGACAGUGUGAGGUCUUGCCUGGGCUAGCUGAUCACCUGUCACGGUCCGCGGAGGGUGGAAGGAUAAGAAGCCGAGCCGCUCGUCUCUCGCCACGCCCGCGGGUUUCUUGGGCGCAGGUCGGAGCUGGGUGGGCCCUCUUCCCGGCCCCCGGCUUGGGCGACCAUGUCCGUGUCGCCCAAGCAGCUGGCGGAGGAGCUGCAGAUCUUCGGCCUAGACUGCGAGGAGGCUCUGAUUGAGAAAUUGGUAGAGCUUUGUGUCCAGUAUGGACAGAAUGAGGAGGGAAUGGUAAGCGAACUUAUAGCCUUCUGCACCAGCACACGUAAAGAUGGCCUUACCUCAGAGGUCCUGAACUCUUUUGAGCAUGAGUUUCUGAGCAAAAGAUUGUCCAAAGCCCGGCACAGUGCCUGCAAGGACACUGGCCAUGCGGGAGUUAGAGACAUUGUUUCCAUUCAAGAGCUAAUUGAAGUGGAAGAAGAAGAGGAAAUCCUCUUGAACUCGUAUACCACACCCUCAAAGGGUUCUCAGAAGCGAGCUAUCUCCACCCCAGAAACCCCCCUAACAAAAAGGAGUGUGUCAACUCGUAGCCCCCAUCAGCUCCUCUCACCAUCAAGUUUCUCUCCAAGUGCUACUCCCUCCCAGAAAUAUAACUCAAGAAGUAACCGAGGAGAAGUGGUUACCUCCUUUGGCUCAGCACAGGGAGUGUCUUGGUCUGGGAGAGGAGGAGCUGGAAACAUCAACCUGAAGGUCUUGGGGUGUCCAGAGGCACUAACUGGGAGCUACAAAUCCAUGUUUCAGAAGCUCCCAGACAUUCGAGAAGUUCUGACCUAUAAGAUAGAAGAACUUGGCAGCGAACUCAAGGAACAUUACAAGAUUGAGGUUUUCACUCCUUUGCUAGCCCCAGCACAGGAGCCUGUCACCCUGCUGGGCCAGAUUGGCUGUGAUAGCAACGGGAAGCUGAACAAUAAGUCAGUGAUUCUUGAGGGAGACCGGGAACAUUCCUCGGGUGCUCAAAUUCCAGUGGAUUUAUCUGAACUUAAGGAAUAUUCUCUGUUUCCCGGACAGGUUGUAAUUAUGGAAGGAAUCAACACCACUGGUAGGAAACUUGUUGCCACCAAACUGUACGAGGGUGUGCCACUUCCAUUUUAUCAGCCCACCGAAGAGGAUGGAGACUUUGAGCAAACCAUGGUGCUGGUUGCCUGUGGGCCAUACACCACAUCUGACAGCAUCACAUAUGACCCCCUCCUCGACCUGAUUGCCGUCAUCAACCACGACCGGCCAGAUGUCUGCAUCCUGUUUGGCCCUUUCCUGGAUGCUAAGCAUGAGCAAGUGGAGAACUGUCUACUGACAAGUCCAUUUGAAGAUGUUUUCAAGCAGUGUCUACGAACAAUUAUUGAAGGCACAAGAAGCUCCGGCUCCCACCUUGUCUUUGUCCCAUCAUUGAGAGAUGUGCACCACGAGCCUGUGUACCCCCAGCCACCUUUCAGCUACUCCGAUCUGUCUCGAGAGGACAAAAAGCAAGUACACUUUGUGUCGGAGCCCUGCAGCCUCUCCAUAAACGGAGUGAUCUUCGGCUUGACGUCCACGGAUCUGCUGUUCCACCUGGGGGCCGAGGAGAUCAGUAGUUCUUCUGGAACUUCAGACAGAUUCAGCCGAAUAUUCAAGCACAUCCUGACCCAGAGGAGCUACUACCCGCUCUAUCCACCCCAAGAAGACAUGGCCAUUGACUACGAGACAUUCUAUGUCUACGCACAGCUGCCUGUCACCCCAGAUAUCUUCAUCAUCCCGUCAGAGCUGAGGUACUUUGUGAAGGACGUCCUCGGCUGUGUCUGUGUGAACCCCGGGCGCCUCACCAAAGGGCAGGUGGGAGGCACCUUCGCCCGACUCUACAUCAGGAGGCUGGUGGCAGACGGGACAAAGAGGCAGAGUCCGUGUGUUGCUGCGCAGGUCAUCAGGAUCUGAGGCUUCUGUCUUCUGCUGUUCUCUGCUGUGUGGGCCCUUACAGUCUUAGCCAAGAGCCAAGACAUAGCCCUGUGACAAGGUGAACAGUUGGGUGGUAAAAGAGAGAGGAGCCAGCCAGGGAGGGGCAGCUGCGGGGACCAGGCCCAGCAAGAAGGGCUCACGCAGCCCGGCCUUCCUGUGAGUUGAGCCUCUCCUGGAAGGAAGCUCUUACUUCUCGGUGCAUGUUCCAUGUCUAGAAGUAAGCCAGCCGCGGAUACCACCCGCUCAGAAAAGGUGAGAAGGCCUUGGGAUUUUCUACAUGAAUCAACACAGAAACAACUUUUGGAGAAAUAAAAAUAAAUUCUGAGUGUGA